CAUCCGUCUGUCUCCUUCUCAGCCUGACAAGCAAAAGUGAAGCUCAUCAUCAAGAUCCAAUAUAAAACAACAGCACCCAAACAACAGUGAAACAUACAGGCUUCUCAACGGAUACAUACAUCAUUAGAAGAUCUCGUUUCUCUUCUCUUCUCUUUUUUAUUAUAUUUUUUGUUUGCUGGGAUUUUGUCUUCGCGUUGCACUCGGCCAGCCACCGUCUCUGAAUAAUCGCGUCUUUGGUGUAUACUCGUUUAUAUCUCCAAAAUACGCAGUCAACCGCAAACACCUUCAUCACCACCCUGAUUCACUGAUUUUUGCUUCUUCAAGAUGUCUGAUCACGAGUUUGGAGCUAACGACGAUUUGUCGCUCCCGAAAGCCACUGUUCAAAAGAUUGUAUCUGAAAUUCUUCCCCCAUCGGCAGGCGUGGCGUUCGCUAAAGAGGCUCGCGACCUCUUGAUCGAAUGUUGUGUCGAGUUCAUUACCCUUAUUUCAUCAGAGGCGAACGAGAUUUCUGAGAAGGAAGCAAAGAAGACUAUCGCCUGCGAUCAUAUCACGAAAGCCCUCGAGCAACUAGGCUUCACUGACAUGGUCCCUGCUGUUCUCGAGGCAGCCGCUGAGCACAAGGAAGUCCAAAAGGGUCGAGAGAAGAAGGCAGACAAGUUUGCCAACAGUGGCAUGUCCAUGGAGGAACUCGCUCGUCUACAGGAGGAGCAGUUCGCCGCUGCUCGAGAGCGUCACGGUUAGGGAAAGUGGCCAGGACUGGCUCACGGCAAAUGGUGGAAACGGGCGUAAGGGAAUUUUUAGCAUUGCUAGGCGUUGGUGUGCAGAAUUGGACUGGGAUUGGACUGGGCCUGACAUUUGUCAUGGGAAGCGGGCGGAUCGGCUUGCUCGUUAUCACUUUCGCUUAUAGACCUUUGACGAGGCGUUUGUCGUCAGGAAGGGAUUGUCUGAAUUUCAUCGUCUUCAACUUUAAACCUUGAAUGUUUUCAAGCCUUGACAGCGGGUGCCUCGCGAUGGACCAGUUAUGAUGAGCUGCUAUGGAGGCCAUGCAGGCCAUGAACAACAGCCAUAGCAUAAUUAUUGCAAUAGGGAUUAAAGUUACGGAGAGUCAGUCAUACCGGGAUUGUGCAAAGUGUC